AUGAGGAUCAGCACCUGGUGCUUCGCCUUCUUCGCUGGUAUGCUCUGCGUCAUCGGUCUGGUGACGGCCGGGCCCGUCCUCCAGGUGCGUACGGGCACACAGACGGAGAACACAACACACGCUGAUGACAACUGGAAGAUGCUUGUUGGAUCUGCAAUGCAGGAGGGUGGCCAGCGACCGAUGACGCCAAUGACAGAGGCCGAUGACGCCGACCACACAGCGACGACGAGUGACGGCACCAGACACACACGGUCAGCCACGGGCGGCUAUGAGGACCUCGCCCUCCUCUCCCUCCAUGUGCCACCGCCAUGCCGCCAUCGAGUGGCAUUGCUGUCGUGUCCGCACCAGCCGGGCGAGCGAUACGUUGCCUUCAAGCCGCCCGAAGAGCCGACCAUGGGCGCGGUGAUGGCGGACAGAGAUGCUCGCGGCACCACGGAGACUGCCUGUCUGGUUCCCCAAGAAAACCAAGACGGGCAGCUGACACACGGGGAGGUGGUGGCCAUCAGGUCGUCGAGCGGCAUGUAUGUGGCGGUCACUGCCAGUGGAACCGUGGAGGCUAUUAGCGAUGCAGUGGGCCCUUCGGAGCGGUUCAAGGUUAUCAACGAGUGUAUGGCGGCCAAAGAAGGGAUGGCCGAUGGCCUUGCAGCAAGUGGCCUUGCAAGUGGGUUGGGGCGGAAGUGCGUGAUCCGGAAGAAUGGCGGCCGGAUCAGCGAUGGCGACGUGAUCGCGUUGAAGAGCACUGCUUCCGGACACUACUUGACUGCCGAGGGCUGCAACUGGCGCGUCAACGCCAGUGGGCCCGCCAUUGGUGUCGAGGAAAGGUUCAUGGUCCGGUUCGUGUGAGGUGAGUGGUGGAUGGACGGCUGGAUGUCGUGCGGUGUACAGUAUGGGGAGGGGUCUAUCGCUUUUUGCUGCAAAAGUACAGACAAACUGCGGAGAAGUCUUCGGGUGCCCGUGAUGGGUUGGUUGUUGGGGAUUGACUGACUGGCUGGCUGGUUGCUGGGUGCAACAGCGCUGGCUGGUGAGUCCAGUCCGUGCCGUGUGUGGUUUUAAUUGAAUGCCAUGUGUGGUGGGUGGGUGCAUCAACACGUGUGCGACCGACCGACCGAGUGGGUCGCAAUCAGCGAUACGGCGCGUACGCGAUCGUACAUGUGUUUUUCCCCACCUCAUGAGGGCAUGGGGGCAGGGCGUUGUGGCCAAUUUUGUACGUAUGGCUGCUGCGUCUGUGUGGUGUGACGUGAUGUGAUAUGAUAUGAUAUGGUGUGCGGUCUCUCUUUUUGUUCCCUAGUUGGGGACAGUAAAGGAAAUAAAGGGAGUAUUGCUCAUAGGGUGGGCUGAUGGGGUAAGGGAAGAGACCCCGAGGGUGCAUAAUCGAAAAGGGAUUGACGUGAUCGGACUGGACUGGACUAGUCCACU